CUAUGCUUUAAGCACUAAAAUAACAAAGAUGACAACUGACAAAGAUAACAAAUAACAAGUGUCGAAAUUGGUAAAAAUACUGUUUACUUUCAGAUACGUGUACAAUAUAUUACAUAUAUAUUGAAAAAAGAUUUUAAAAUAUAUAAAUUUAAUCACGCAGUACUGGAGGAAUGUUUAUACAUACAUUUUUAAGGUUGUUGGACCUAAGUUCUAACCUCAAAAUGAAAAUGUCUAAUAUUAUUCGAAAAUGAAAAUUCGGAACCUAUUUUUCUUUUGCCAUGAUUUUUUUUCGUUUGAAAAAAAUAUCGUCACUUUAACAAAUUCCCUUUACGUGUACCAUGGAUUUUCCCAGGUUGUAGAAAAUCGUAAUAAAGCACUCAUCAACUGUAAUUUCAUAAAAGGAAAGAUCCUUUACCUUCAAUAAAAAAAAAUGGCAUCUCUGGAUGACACCCGUUAUCGCCAACAGCAGGAAGAAUUCGUCUCAAAUCAUGGCGGAACAACCCCACAAGAAAUAAUUUUCCUACUUCUCCCAAACGUGCUUAGUGUUUUUCUCACGAUCUCCAUUCUAGACUUAAUGGGAAAGAGUCUAAAUCGCAAUCUACGAGUUGUUUUAGAAUUUAUAUUAACCGUCGUUCCCUCCAUUUUAUGCUGCACAAUAUUAUCCGAACACUUGUUCCACGUUUGUGCUAUCAUGCUCCUACUUUCUUUAAUUACUCUCCUCUUAAUCAGCUUCAAAAAAUCAACAUCCGGUAAGAGAAUUUCGACCUUGAACCACAAAAAUCUUUCAUUUCUAACAAACUUUCGAGCCUGGACAAAUAUCACAACAGUCAUAUGCAUCUUGGCAGUCGAUUUUCAAAUUUUUCCACGCAAAUUUGCAAAGACUGAAGUCUAUGGUUACAGUCUGAUGGACACUGGAGUAGGGCUUUUUAUAAUCGCGAAUGCUCUAGUGGCGCCGGAAGCGAGAGGAAUAAGCGUAGACGAAAAAAUUAAUUUAUUUCAGGGAAUGAUAAAGUCAUUGAAAAGUUGCAUUCCUCUCCUGAUUUUGGGAUUUGGGCGCUUUUUCGCGAUAGAAUACUUAGGAUAUCAGAGACAUAUCACAGAAUAUGGUGUCCAUUGGAAUUUUUUUAUAACCUUAGCCUUCGUCAAGCUUUUCACGAGUAUGAUUUCAAAAACUAUCAGUUCCAGAUACUCGCUCUUGUCAGGACUCUGGAUCCUGGCGAUGUACGAGUACGGUUUGAAUGCGAAAGGCUUGAAAAAAUGGAUCCUGAGUGAGGGAUCUAGAGACGACUUUAUUUCUGCAAAUCGCGAGGGUCUGGUGUCAAUUCCUGGCUAUGUGGGGCUUUACUUAAUUGCGGUUUCGAUUGGAAAACUUAUUCAUUCAACCUACCAGAAUUUGAGUGCUAAUUCAAAACAGAAUUCGCAAUUUUUAGAGAUUAAAUUGUUUAAAUUUGAGAUUAGAGUCGCGUACAAUCAGCCUAUGAUACUCUGCAUAAAACUGUCGCUGAUAGCUUCGCAUUUUUGUGCUGUGAUGCUAGUUUGUGACUCGUUUCUUUCAGUUUCGAGACGACUUGCUAAUGCCGGAUAUUGUGCGUGGAUUGUUACUCUUGCUGCAAGUUUGUUGACACUUUUGUUAUUGGUUGAGAUCUUGAUAGAUGUGUUUGUUCGAUCCAAAAUAGAGAACGAAAAUCAAAAGACGCGAAAAGUGUAUGCUAAGGAAAGAAAUUUGCCGAAAGCGAAAGCUCAUUUUGAUAAUGAGGAGAAUUUUAGUGAAAACCUGGAGAUUUUUGAAGCUGUUAAUUACAAUGGGCUUGGUUUUUUUCUCCUUGCGAAUAUACUGACAGGAACUGUUAAUAUGUCUGUAAAAACAUUGUACGUUGAUGAUAUGUUUGCUCUGAAAAUUCUUGUCAGCUACUUGGCUGUGAGUAUUGUGUCCGUCUUGGUCUGUUACAGACACAAGGUACAAAUUAGAUUAUAAUUUGUAUUCGUCUAAUUUGAUGAAUGUGUUGAAAAAGUUUCAAGAACUUUUUGUGUAUUUAUGAGUAGCUCGUUGAGCAUAUAAAUGUUUUUAAUAAUAAGAGAAAUCAUUUCUUA